GCUGAUUAAUUAAGGUGAAUGUUUGUCCUUUAAUUAAAUCACUUCAUGCGUGAUCAUAAAUCUUAGUUUUACUUCUUAUCAAUAUGAAGUUCAAGCAAUUGGGUAUUGAGUUUAUUUUGAUUUUUCUAAGUUUUUCCUUAAAAAAUGCAUCCGCAGACAGCCAAGGAAAUAACCUGGAGAGAAUAUUGAAUUAUAACUCAAAGACACCGCUGAUAGCGAUACUUUAUAAACAUGCCGAAAACGUCGGAGCACCAGAGCCGGAUAGUGACGUCAUAAUUCCUAAAAUAAGCCCAGUUCAACCACCGCAGGAUCAGGAACUUUACAAUUUCUACCAUAUCUUAAGAACGACGCAAGAGAACGAAGAAGUCGAUUCAGAUGCAGCGAUGCUCUUUGAGAAGACCGAAAAUAUUCUCCGAGAAGCUCUACGUGCUAGAUGUGAAUUAUUGGAUGUUUGUAUGAGGAAAUGUCGUCUGAAGAGGUACACUUGUACUAUAACGUGCAGGGAGGAAUAUGAUGAUUAUGACAUAUGCAAGAAGCCAAAAAAACCGUAUUGCAAAAAACCAAAGUGUGGUAAAACCAUGCCGCCCUCGUGGCUUUUGAGGAAAUAAAACUCAAAUGAUAUAAAUUCAA